GACAGCUUAGCCUUACCACCAGCAUUCUAAUCUGUAGCUUGCUUGCAACUCUGUUUCUUCUUACGCUGUACUCCACACUAUCCUAUCGCUUUCACAACACACUGGACAGGUGGAUUACCUAUACCUACGGCGACCAGGGCGCUUCGCAACACCGAGUCCUUCAGCUGGCCUCGAGGCUACGAGAUCUUCCUCUGCCGCUCGCGCACACAGAACGUACCCCAAUUCAAUGCGAUUGCUGCACAUCGCAAUCGACGGGAGGCUCAGAUGGGCGGAGGAAUACAUUGGUAACGAGAAGGUUCCCGACUAUGCAAUCCUCUCGCACACUUGGGGGGAGCAGGAGGUGAUCUUUGAUGACCUAAAGAACCUCGACAAUGCAGACGACACUGGUGCCAGGCGCAAGGCGGGUUGGGACAAAAUUGAUUUCUGCGCGCAACAGACAAAGCGAGACGGUCUGGACUACUUCUGGGUUGACACUUGCUGCAUCGACAAGUCGAACAGCCAAGAGCUCCAGGAAACGAUCAACUCCAUGUUUCGCUGGUAUCAGAACGCGAAGAAGUGCUAUGUGUAUCUUUCAGAUGUUAAAUGCAGCACUACUGAUGCAUACAGUGAAGUGGGCCGAAGGUGGAAACCGGCCUUCAGGAAGAGCAGGUGGUUUACCAGAGGCUGGACACUGCAGGAACUGCUUGCUCCUGCAUCAGUUGCUUUCUACUCGAAAGAGGGAGAGCUUCUUGGGGACAAGCAGUCCCUGAAAGACACCAUACACGAGAUCACAGGCAUACCUGUUACAGCUCUGUCAGGGACUAGACUGUCUGACUUUAGCGUAGACGACCGUUUCUCCUGGGCGGAACAACGCCAGACAACGCGCGAAGAAGACAUCGCGUACUGUCUGUUAGGCAUCUUUGACAUCUGCAUGCCAUUGCUAUAUACGGAAGGCAAAGACAAAGCGAUAGAACGAUUGCGGCGUAAGAUACAAAAGUCCACGAAAGACAUUGAAGAGAGGCUUGGCGAAAUCUGCAGCUGGCUCUCUGCGCCUGAUCCAUCUACAAACUACUACAAAGCCCACAAAGAGCGGCAGGCCGAGACUGGACUCUGGUUGCUACAGAAUUCAAGGUUCACGGAGUGGAAGAAGAGUGCUGCGUCGCGACUGUGGCUUUAUGGGAUUCCAGGAUGCGGAAAGACUAUCCUAAGCUCUACCAUCGUCGAGUAUCUGCUGCAGCACUGCCAUAAGGACGCUGAGAUGGUGACGGUGUACUUCUAUUUCGACUUUAAAGAUAAACAGAAGCAGGAUCUAGAGCUAAUGCUCCGCUCGUUGCUCUCACAGCUGCUGCAGCGUUCGUCUAUAAUGCCUAAGGGCGUUAACGCAUUGUUCUUAGCUUGUAAUAACGGACAACGACAGCCAUCAUCGCACGAGCUUCUAGAGGUAAUACCACAGGCAAUGCAACAGUUCACACACGUCUACGUUGUUCUUGACGCGCUUGAUGAGUGUACACAACGCCUAGAGUUGAUGGAUGCACUUGAGACUAUGGCUAGACGGCAACUUGACAGCGUGCAUCUGCUUAUGACAAGCCGGAAAGAGCGGGAUAUUGAGAGUUCUUUAGUAAGCUACGUCAAGGAAGAGGACACUAUCUGUCUUCAGAGGGAUGUAGUAGAUGAGGAUAUACAACGAUACGUUCAACAACGGCUAUCUAAUGACAAGACUUUGACGAAAUGGAACAAGGACGUUGCUAUCAGGCAAGAGAUUGAGGCUGCCCUGAUGCACGGAGCUCAAGGGAUGUUUCGAUGGGCUGUAUGCCAGCUCGACACACUAGGAAAGUGUUGCAAUCGAGCGAUGCUGCGCAAAUCUCUUGCCACUCUGCCGCGAACGCUAGAUCAGACAUACGAACGCAUUCUCUGCACGAUAAGCGAGGAACACUGUAAGUAUGCGAUACGCAUUCUACAGUGGCUAACAUUCUCUGCGCGGCCGCUAUCAGUUAAGGAGGUCGCUGAAGUUGUUGCUAUCGAUGUGGCGCGAGAUCCGGCGUUCGACCGCGAUGAAGUGUUAGAGGACCCGUUCGAAGCGCUGAACAUCUGCUCUAGUCUCGUCACUAUUACAACGAGCGAGGCAGAGGGAAGAUCAAGACCUGAAGAGUGCAUCAUUGCUUUGGCGCACUAUUCUGUCCAGGAGUACCUCGUGUCGGAGAGAAUCAAGCAAGGACAGGCAAAGCUGUAUAGCAUGCAAGAAUCUGAAUGCCAAAACACGAUAAUGAAGGGCUCUUUGAUGUAUCUGCUCCAGUUCCAGCAGCCCUUGUCGACAGAGGUUCUCAACGCAUCAGCGCUCGCAAGGUACACAGCUGAGUUCUGGAUCAGUCAUCUUCAAAAGACAAGGGACGAGACAGAAGGGAGUCAACUUGCGAUAAUUCUGAUGUCAUCUGACAACCCUGCAUAUCUUAACUGGAUCAAACUAUACGAUCCAGACAUGUAUUCGGGACCAGACCUAGGGAAAAGUUUAGGAGACAUAGCGACGCCACUAUACUAUGCAGCUUCGUUCGGCUUGAAUACAAUUACAGGACUACUACUUGAAAAAGGCGCUGACGUUAACGCGCAGGGUGGAGUCUAUGGCAAUGCACUACAUGCAGCUUCAGAAGGAGGCCACGAGCAGCAGGUAGUUAAGAUACUGCUUAAUGAAGGCGCCGACAUUAACGCGCAGGGUGGAGCCUACGGCAACGCACUACAGGCAGCUUUAUCUGAAGGCCACAAGCAGGUGGUCAAGAUGCUGCUUGACGCAGGUGCUCGUCAAGCUCAGUAAGAUGAUGUUGUUUUGAGGGCCCAAUAGCUUUGCUUAGACACCUAGCAACAUCCCUCCCUGGGAGGCCGAAAUCCUUCUGAGCCGGAAUUAGCCAUUCGGAGCGCGAGAAAUUGGGGAUCACAGGCACGACCUC